AUGGGUCCCCCUCGGCGCACAUGUUGUCCGCCAUCGCAUUCCCCCCCCACCUCUCGCCUCCGCCUCCCUUUCCGCCUUUCCCUCCGCGUACUCUCCCCCAACACUCUCCUGCUAUGCGUGCUCGCAACGUUCGUCCUCUCCGCAUCACGCGCCGCAGCAUAUGGCGCUCCGGGAGGCGCAAUGGCCACCUUUUACGGCGGACCCGACGCGUCGGGCACUUGGGGUGGUAACUGCGGUUACGGCAAUCUCGUGCAAGCGGGUUACGGCAUCCUCGUCGCGGCGGGAAGCCCCCCUCUUUACAAGGGCGGGAAGGGAUGCGGCGCUUGCUACCGCGUGAAAUGUACCAACAGCACGUAUUGCAACAAGGGCGUAUCCAUCGUGGUCGCUAUAACGGAUCUCUGUCCCGGCGGGGGAUGGUGCUGUCCCACCUGUCGCCACUUCGACUUGAGCGAACCUGCUUUUAUCGCGCUUGCGAACCGCGCCGCUGGCUUCGUUCCUCUCUCAUACGAACAAGUGCCAUGUGUUUUCUCCAACAACAUUCGCCUCACCGCAACCGGGUCGCCUUUCUGGCUUAAUCUCUUGAUUCGCCAAGUCGCGGGUCCCGGUGACCUUUCGCUUGUCGAAGUGAUGGACUCGAAUUCGCCUACGUGGAGACCGAUGCGACACGACUGGGGUGCGAAUUGGGUGUACGAAUCUUUCCUUCAGGCGCCUCUCAAGUUUCGCCUAACUUCGCUCACUGACAACCAGCAGGUGGUUACCAACCCCAACUGCCUCCCGGCUGGUUGGGUUCCGGCGAAGGACUACGACUGCAACAUUCAGUUUUCGUUCCCUGGCGACGGGAUGGAUGGUAACCACGGAGGGCCCCACGGCGACGGAAGCGGAUUAUCAGAUGCCGCUCCCAGGAAUCGAACCAAGGUCAUUCGGCCCAUCAAGAAAAAUAAGUCUCCAGCCAAGAGUCCCAGUACCCCAAAAACUCCCGGCAAUCCCAAGAACCCCGGCACUCCCAAGUCCCCGGGUAAAUCACCCAGCAAGCCUCCUGCGACCAAUUCACCUGGCAAACCGCCCGCCAAACCUCCUUCCAAAUCGCCGCCGACUAAGAACGGCAACAACGGAAGCAAGGACAACAAGAGCGGGAACGACAAUGGGAACAACAACGGCAACAAAAAUGGCGGAAGCAAAAACACCAAUAAGGGCAAAAAUGGAAGCAACACGAACAAAGGCGGUGGCAGCAGCAGCGGUGGGGACAAGAAGGAAGGAGGGCAUCCUCCUAACGUUGGGCACCAUCCCGAGGGAGUGGGCCAUAGACCUGCAGACCUGCAGGUGUGGGUCACCACAAGCCUCGGAAAGGAGGUUCGGCAUCAUCAGCUUCGGCAGCGGUUGUACCAGCUGCUCCGAGUGCGUCUGUGGGUGUACCAGCUGCUCCGAGUGCGUCUGUGGGUGUUGGAGUAA